AAGUUCUAACAGCUUGGUCUACAAAACCCCCAAAUCAUGAUCCUAUUCUUGUCAACCCACUAGCUGGCUUCAUCCAAACCAACCAGAGAUUUCAUUUUUGGAUUAGAGCACCAAAAUUUCAAUCGAAAUCCUAUAUGCAUUUCUUAUCAAUGGCCAACACGGCUCUGAGAUCAGAUCACUUUAACAAAGCAAUGCAUAUUUUGGGACUCUAUCUUUUGCUCUUGAUUGGGAGAGGCAGUGCAAGGGAAUUCAAGGUCGGGGAUUCAAAUUGGACUGUUCCAACGAACCCCAAUGCCCUCAGCUAUAAUGAAUGGGCAGAAAAGAAUCGAUUUCAAACUGGUGAUUCUAUAGUGUUCGACUAUCCAGCUGGCAACGACUCAGUGCUUCUUGUGGACAAAGAUCCAUUCACCAACUGCAAUACAGCGACAUUCCAUGAAAAGCAUACUGAUGGUCACACUAUGUUCACCUUCAACCAUUCUGGGCCAUUCUACUUCAUAAGUGGGAAUGAAGAGAACUGCAUGAAAAAUGAGAAACUGGAAGUUAUUGUGUUGGCAGAUAGAAGCAAUGACUCUUCAAAUUCGAAUCAGACGGGCACAGUUUCUCCACCACCUGCAGCGCCCGCUGGCCUAACCCCAUCCCCUGCACCUGCCGGCAAAGAGUCUCCAACUCCACCUGCAGGAACAGUACAAAUUAACCCAACCCCGGCUCCAGAAUCUCCUCCUCCUCCUCCAAGUGGGGCUUCUUCAAUCUUCAUGAGUUUCAUUGUCAGCUCUUUUGGAGCUUUUGUUGGUUCAUCAUUGCUUUUAGUUUUUUAACUUGAAGAGUAAGCUGCAUACAUACAUAAAGAGUUGGUUAAUUAUAUAUACUCUGCUUGUUGCUAUUUUUCUCCCUUUUUCUCUCUAUUAUUUUCCUUGCCCCGAUCCCAGUGAGUUCACUGAAGAGUCAGGGGUGGAUUGGUGUUUGAUAUUUGUUUGUAACUAGAGGAAUAAAUUGACAGUAAUACAUUACAUGUAACUUGAUGGUUGUUUCGGCGAGAAAAUAACCAUGUAUACGAGGAAAUAAAUGGGCUUUCUGUUGUGUGAUUA